UCCCCCCCCCCUCCCGGCCGCCGCCGCCAUGGAGUCGAACCGGGACGAGGCGGAGCGGUGCAUCGGUAUCGCGCUGGCCGCCGCCAAGGCCAACCAGCCCGACAAGGCCCGCCGCUUCCUGGAGAAGGCGCAGCGCUUGUACCCCUCGCAGCGGGUCCGCGUCCUGCUGGAGUCACUCAACAAGGGCGAGCAGUCGGCCAAUGGCCAGUCCCAGUCCAGGGAGUCCACAACCCCCCCCUUCAGGAAAAUGAGCGGGGACUUCCCGUCAGCCAACGGAGAGGCCGGAGGGGAGGCCCCCAAGGGCUACACUCAGGACCAGGUGGAUGCAGUGAAGAGGGUAAAGCAGUGCAAAGACUACUACGAAAUUCUGGGAGUAAACAGAGAAGCUUCUGACGAGGACCUGAAAAAGGCCUACCGGAAACUGGCACUCAAGUUCCACCCGGACAAGAACCACGCGCCGGGGGCCACGGAGGCCUUCAAAGCCAUCGGGAACGCGUACGCGGUGUUGAGCAACCCGGAGAAGAGGAAGCAGUAUGACCAGUUUGGAGAUGAGAAACUCAACCCUGCCCGGCAUGGGCACGGCCACUCGGACUUCCACCGCGGGUUUGAGGCCGACAUCUCCCCCGAGGACCUCUUCAACAUGUUUUUUGGUGGUGGUUUUCCCUCUAGUAACGUUCACGUGUACAGCAAUGGCAGGAUGAGAUACACCUACCACCAGAGGCAGGACAGGAGGGAGCACCAGGGGGAUGGUGGCCUGGGGCUGUUUGUCCAGCUGAUGCCCAUCCUCAUCCUGAUCAUUGUGUCUGCUCUCAGCCAGAUGAUGGUCUCCAGCCCACCCUACAGUCUGAGCCACAGGCCGUCUGUGGGUCACAUACACAGGAGAUUGACAGAGCACUUGAAAGUCCCCUACUACGUCUCUGAGAACUUUGCAGACGAGUACACGGGCACGAACCUGAAGAACGUGGAGCGGAGCGUGGAGGACGACUACAUAGCAAACCUCCGGAAUAACUGCUGGAAAGAGAAGCAGCAGAAGGAAGGCUUGUUGUACCGGGCACGCUACUUCGGGGACUCGGACCUGUACCAGCGGGCACAGAAGAUGGGCACCCCCAGCUGUAGCAGACUGUCAGACGUCCAGGCCUCCCUGCACGGAUAGUCACGGCCCCGCCCGGCACCAGCACAAGUACGAGCAGGGGCUGCCCCGGGAGCCACCGUAGUGCUUUUAACACUUAAAUCCCUGGCUGAGACACAGACCUCCACGAGUCUCCUCGGAUGCACACAGGGCGGGAAGCGCCCCCUCCACCGAGCCUUCACUCCUUAAUCGAGAUGCUGAUUUGGUUUAGUUUGCAUGUUGGCACCCUCGGCUCUCCCCGUCCCUGUUUUCUCUGGUGCUGUCAGUGCUGGGUCUCCGGGAUCCCUGGGUGAGGUUGGGAGCACCUUGGCUGGUUGGCAGUUUGUUACCAGCCAUGGCAUCCAGCCUCCACGUUUUAAUGAACCCUUUUUUGAUUGCUUUGUUGCCUGUUUUACUGGAAAAGCUGCUAUCCCUGGCACGUGAAUGUGAUGACAGGGAACGGAGUCCCACCCAACAGAUGUUCCCUCCCCCACAGUUGCCUUCCCCUGAUGCUUAAGGAGAGCAAAGCAAAUGGCCAGAAUUCCCAGCAGGUUGUAGAAGUAACUUACUGGUUAAACUGGGAAUCUAAAUAAAAGCAGCUAAGGAGGGGGUAGGUCUGGAAGAUUUAGGGGUUUGAGAGCUUGGAUUAAGGAGAGCCCUGAUGUGAGACCGGACGUGCUGCACUAAAAUAAUGAAAAAGAAAUUGGCACAGGGUUUGGAGUCCUUUUUCUCCUUAAAUUUCUGGGCUGAUUUUGCCUACCAGGUAGUGUGGGCUGUGAAACCUGCGGGUCCCUCUAUCCCAAAAUUAUUUGAAAACAGGGUUUCUGCAGAAAAAGAUGAAGCUUGUACCAGGUGUGGUAUGGACACCAUUUCGACUCACAGGGACUCCUUGAGGACACUGGUCAUCGAGCUGCUUGAUUUGCACUUUUGGGGUUUAUUUUCCUUGGCAGCUGAGAGUCUGGCCUUUAAAGCAAAUCCUCUGGGCCACAUUUUUUUUUUGGUGUAUCCUGGUUUUGGAUCCAUUCUUAUCUUGGUCCUCCCGUUCUCUUGUUUGGAUGACUUUGCCUCUCCUUUUGCCACAUGCUGGUGUUAAUUACCUGCUUUUCUUUAAUUCCCUCCCUGCACCCCGUGGUCUGUAAAGAGCCUGGAAAAGCUGCUGCCUGUGCUGUGGGGUGGGGAAGGAAGGGGGAGUUGCCCAGAGACUGACACCGCUCCCGCUUUUGUUCCCAGACUCUUGAAAUGCCUGAAGACUUUUGGUGAAGUGCACUGAGCCGAGGUGACAGACUUUACUAUUUAAAAGAAUCAAACCUUAUCUUAAAAAAAUGGAAUUGGAGAAUUAGCAACGCACAACUGCCCUCUUUCUUCUCUCUGCCUCUCUCCGCCGUUCGGGCAGCGACUGGGCCAGGAAACCCAGCUUGCCUGGCUUCCUCCUCCCCUUCCAUCACCCCAGCGUGCUCUGGGAUCCCACAGCCCCUGCAAGAGACACAUGGAGUGUAAAAGAACCCAAACUAACUGCAGAAGCUGCGAAGCAGAAGGAGACCCUUCGCUGCUGCCAACGCAGAGAGAAACCGGACGAUUUGGUGACAAAAGGAAACUCUAAGAAAGAAAAAGAAGAAGAAAACAUAAUCUAUUUAGCAUUAAUUUAUAGCUGUAUAUAUGUUGUACUUUUAAACUAUGCAGGGGUUGGAUGAUUAAAUUAUUUUGUUUUCUGCCCGUUCUGGUGCACAGGGAAGCGGGGAAGCCUCUUCCCGGGGUGUCUCGCUCCGCAUCACUUUCCUGCCCGGCACUAAAACAAGAAUCACGUUGCAGUUGCUGUACUUGGCUUUCAGGAGGCCCAGCGGGGUCGCGGGGAUUGGGAUGUCCGUACCUGCCUUCAACAAGGGGAACUGCAGAGCUGCAGGGGGUGACAGACCCGGGGGGAGCCGCCCGGAGCCCUGCCGUGGUUUUACAGCGUCAGCAGAAGCCGCGGCGGGUCAGCUGAGCGCCGGCGUCGGCGACGGGAAGGAUUGUCCUGGAUGGUUUGUGCUCGUCAGUCGUUGGGUUCAUCUGUGCACGUAACUUCUUUUUUCGCCGAGUCUGCUGGAAUUUUGCCUGGUAAUCAGCGUGUGGCGCGCGCUCCGUGCGGAGAGGGCUUCCCACCAGGGCUUCCCACCAGGGCUUCCCACCAGGGCUUCCCGUCGGCCUCGCCCUUCGUCGGGGGGUUUUGUGCGUGUCCCGCGCUCGGGGCUCCUCGCCCACCCACCCACCAAGAGCAGCCAGGCCUUGGCUGCACCUCAACACCACGUUUCCCUGAGGAGACCUGGAAGAUACUGCAGAUCCACAAGAAAUGGAGUGUGGUGUUGCUUCUGAAAGCGGUUCUGCUGGGGGGAUCAGGGCAGCCCUGGGCUCUCUGGUGUGUCUCGCUCCGUCACCGCCGGGCAGCACCGGAGGGAGGGUGCCCGAGGUCGGGAGCCACCCCUUGGAAGCAAAGCUGGCACGAGCAGAGCCGCCUCCCAUGGGAUAAACUGGAUGAUUUUGAUUUUGUUCUGCUGCUCUGCAGUUCCAUCUGUGUCUAAAGACAUUUCCAGUGAGAACUGUCCCCCCGGCACGCUCGAGGAGUGAAUCAGAAGCUCGGCGGCUCCUGGGUGGGCUGGCAGAGGUGGUUUUAUCCCGUUGUCCGUAGGAAGCCACUGGCUCUGUCUUCAGCUGUUAUUUUAUUUUGUGAAAUCUCACCCUCCCACUGGCCACAAGCCCUGUUACCCCACAGCCAGCCGUGGCUUGGACCUGAUUUUAAGGGGGUUUUGAUUUUAAUCCUUUUAUUUUUUUUUUUUUUAAAUGGCUCUUCCACCUUCAGAAGGAAGCGGGUGGAA